UUCUGCCGAUCGUCACUGUUUGUUUGAUGGAUAACAACAAUGGGAGUCCUCCUCAAGGUGGAGAGCCUGCAAUGGAUGCAGGAGAUUGGAGGUGCCAAUUGCAGGCGGAUUCGCGGCAAAGAAUUGUCAAUAAGAUAAUGGAUACAUUGAAGAGGCAUAUUCCUUACUCCAGUGAAGAUGAACUCAAUAAAAUUGCUGUUAGGUUUGAGGAAAAGAUUUAUGUUGCUGCCCCAAGUCUGUCAGAUUAUCUAUCGAAAAUUUCUCUAAAGAUGCUCUCUAUGGAGACCAAGUCUCAGAACACAAUGGCCAAUUCUUUACAAUCCAACUCUGCUGGGUCUUCUGGUAUGCAACCUCAAGUCACCAGUCAAGGACAACUCUUAUCAGAGAACAUUCAAAGUAACAUUCCACCUGCUGGAGUUCAAAAUUCUGCUGGCUUAUCAUCUGCACUACCUCCUACCUCCGGGCCACAACAGCAAAUAUUGCCCCCACAGCAUCAACCGCAACAAUUAAUAGGAUUGAUGGAUAACAACAAUGGGAGUCCUCCUCAAGGUGGAGAGCCUGCAAUGGAUGCAGGAGAUUGGAGGUGCCAAUUGCAGGUGGAUUCGCGGCAAAGAAUUGUCAUUAAGAUAAUGGAUACAUUGAAGAGGCAUAUUCCUUACUCCAGUGAAGAUGAACUCAAGAAAAUUGCUGUUAGGUUUGAGGAAAAGAUUUAUGUGGUUGCCACAAGUCAGUCAGAUUAUCUACGGAAAAUUUCUCUAAAGAUGCUCACUAUGGACACCAAGUCUCAGAACACAAUGGCCAAUUCUUUACAAUCCAACCCUGCUGGGUCUUCUGGUAUACAACUCCUAUCAGAGAACAUUCAGAAUAACAUUCCACCUGCUGAAAUUCAAAGUUCUACUGGCUUACCAUCCGUGCUACCCCAUGACUCCGGGCCACAACAGCAAACAUUGCCCCCACAGCAUCAACAGCAACAAUUUAUAGGUCUGAUGGAUAACAACAAUGUGAUUCCUCCUCAAGGUGGAGAGCCUGCAAUGGAUGCAGGAGAUUGGAGGAGCCAAUUGCAGGCGGAUUCGCGGCAAAGAAUUGUCAAUAAGAUGAUGGAUACAUUGAAGAGGAAUCUUCCUUUCUCCGGUCAAGAGGGAUUGGAUGAACUCAAGAAAAUUGCUGUUAGAUUUGAGGAAAAGAUUUAUGUUGCUGCCACAAGUCAGUCAGAUUAUCUACGGAAAAUUUCUCUAAAGAUGCUCACUAUGGACACCAAGUCUCAGAACACAAUGGCGAAUUCUUUACAAUCCAACUCUGCUGGGUCUUCUGUUAUGCAACCUCAAGUCGCCAAUCAAGGACAACUCUUAUCAGAGAACAUUCAAAGUAACAUUCCACCUGCUGGAGUUCAAAAUUCUACUGGCUUAUCAUCUGCACUACCUCCUACCUCCGGGCCACAACAGCAAAUAUUUCCCCCACAACAUCAACCGCAGCAAUUAAUUGCAUCUUUGGAUUCCACAGCCCAGACUGGGAAUACAAAUGGAGCUGAUUGGAAAGAGGAGGUCGAUCAAAAGUAUCAAAAGAAGAUGCAGAAGCUGUAUAUAUUUCAACAUGAUGUACAACGACAGAAAGAGCAGCAGCAGCAGCUGCCUGGACAAUUGCAGCCCGAGCUACACCAAAUCAGUGUUGUUAACGACGUCAACACGAAUGCCCUGUCAUCAUCACAGAGUGGGAUUAACAUGUUGCAGGCAAACGUUAUUCCACCCAGUAUUCUUCAGAAACCACAAGUAUAUCAGAAUCAACUCCAAAUCCAGCUACUACAUCAGCGACAGAUGCAGCUGCAGUUGAUGGAGAAGCAGCAGAGAAUUCAGCAACAGCAGCAAGCAAAGCAGCAGGUGCCUGGACUGUCACAGGCACACCAACUACCACAGCUUCACCAAAUCAGUGUUGUUAAAGACGUUAACGUGGAUGCCUCGUCAUCACAAACUGGGAGUAGUAUGCUGCAGGCAAACAUUGAUCCCCCUCAGCCAAAAUCUAUUAUUGUUGAUAACAACCAUCUGAAGCAAGAUCAGGAGCAGAAAAUGUUUCAGAAUCAACUAAAGCAACCAUAUCAGCAGCAAUGGAUGCAGAAGCAGCAGAUGCUUCAAGAAAUGCAACAGCUGCAGAUACAAAAACUACAACAGCAAGCAAAGCAGCAGCUGCAUCAUAUUUAUGUUAUAUAUCUCAUCUUUCUCACCUUUCUGUUGGGUGCUGCCUUUUUCGGGACUGGCUAUUGAUGGAUUCAGGCUUUGUUCUCCCCAACCGUACUAUCCAUUUUGUGCUUUCCAUGGACAGCUUUUUUAGCUUAACGUAAUUGUGAUAUUUCUUUUGAUGACAUUUGAGUGUGAAUAAACACUCUACUUCAGCAUGCCUUCAUGGUCUAUAGCUUGCUCAACCCCUCUGGGGAUUGUUCACAAGAAAAUGCUGUACACUUAUUAUAUAUAGCUUUGAAAAGGUUUCGCUUUCUGGCCA